AUGGCAGCCAUAGCUCAAGAAAAAACUCAACCUUAAUACAAUCCAUUAAAGCUCGCAGCUUGCAGCAGUUUAGGAUAUUGGAUCGCUGAUAUGAUUAUGUAUCCAUUAGAUACAAUUAGUACUAAAAUUAAGGCCCACACAGCAGAAUUUUUAUCAUUUAAGCAAGGAUAUAAAUAAGUUAUUAAAGGAGAAGGAUUCAAAGGAGUUUUUAGAGGAUUUUCAACAACUUUUCCCUGCAGUUUUGUACCCUCAUUACUUUAUUUCUCUUCAUAUGAGACUAUGAAUAAGUAUGGUAUGAGUUUAAUAAAAAAAGUAUAAAAUGAAAAUAUUUCAACUGCUUUAAAAAUAUGUAUGCCUUUAUUAACAUCUUCUUUGGCUGAAAUUGUCUGUUUAAUCCCAUACAUGCCAUUUGAUGUCGUUAGAACACGUCUUUAAGUGAAUGAUACAAACUUUUAAUAUACCAGUGUUUUAUAAGGACUUAAAGAUGUAUAACAAAAAGAAGGAUUCUUGAGGCUCUACAAAGCCAGCCAUAUUUAUAUAGCAACAACUACCAUGCAAACAGGUCUAUUGUUUUGGUUUUAUGAAAUGUAAAGAUUUUUCUUACUCCAUAAUACAUAAAGCGAAGACGGUAGACAUAAAUUAACUAUCAAAUAAAGUAUUUUAGUCAGUUUAUCCAGUUCUUUACUUUCUACUUUCAUGGUUAACCCAUUCGAUUUAAUUUUGACUAGAUAUUAAGUUAUUGAUUCUAGUAAACAAAAACUAUCUGUGAGAAAAAUUACUAAAGAUUUAAUUAAGAAUGAAGGCUACAUAGCUUUCUUCAAAGGAUUAACACCUCGUCUAUUAAUUUCUUGUGCUAACUCAGUUCUAUUUUUACCUGUUUAUGAACACUUUAAAAGUCUCUAUGGAAUAGAUAUAAGUGAAAAUUGA